GACCUGCAGCAGUCCAGCCCUUGGGACUCCUUUCGCCUUCCACUUGCUCAUCUCUGCUUCCAGAGCUGUCGCCAUGGUGACGGUGCGCAGGCCGUGGCCCGCCAUGGCCACAGUGCUGCUGGCCCUGCUCGCCUGCCUGGGGGCGCUGGUCCACGCCUACCCCGCCAAACCCGAGGCUCCCGGCGAAGACGCCUCGCCGGAGGAGCUGAGCCGCUACUACGCGUCGCUGCGCCACUACCUCAACCUGGUCACUCGGCAGCGGUAUGGGAAACGCGACAGCCCCGAAGCGGUCCUCUCGAAACUGCUCUUCCCCGACGGCGAGGACCGCCGGGUCAAGUCACGGCCAGAAGGCGCGUACAUGUGGUGACGACCCCAAGGGCUCCUGGGAGAUAUGCUAACUACACCGACCUCAUUUGCAUGGUUGCUCCUGACCCCGGAACCUGGGUUCCUCUCCCUGCCUGCUGCGCCUGGGGGGUGGGUGCGGGAUGGGGUCUUCAUUCCAUUUCUCCGUGUCCCCAGCCCCUGGGCUGGAGGGCUGUGUGUGGUCUUUCCCUGCUUCCCAGAUAAAGAGCAAAUUUCACUGA